AUGUCUGGCUCUCCGUCUAGAUCCUCCUCACCAGCCGUCGCCGCCGGUCCGAGCCACCAGAUCCCGUUCAACAGCGCUCCGGUCCAUCACGCUCCCAGUCCUCUUGGUUUCGGCUUCGGCUUUGGCUCUUCCUUUGGAGGCAACAACACCGCCGCCAACUCGCCUGCAUCCACAUCCGCAGCUUCGCACAUGUUUGGCACAGCGCAGACCUCUGUCCCUCCAUCCGUACUGUCCCCGUCAAGACGCUCCGAUGCGAAACGCAGGCGUGACUCAGACGAUGCCCCGGACCAAGUCGACGACGAUGAAGACAUGGGUCAUUCGCAGAGGAGCCGAUUCAACGCAGACGCCUUCUCACCGCAUCAUGACCACAAGCGAUCCGUGCUCCCCAAACGCAUGCGCGCAGGCCUAGGCUUCGGCCUCGUCAACGCGGAGCCGCUCCACGUCUCGCAAGCAUCGUCGUCUGCUUCGCCCUUGUCCAAUCCGUCUUCAGCCUUUGCAUCGUCCGCAUUCUCUCCACUCGCAACGGGAGGCAGCCACCACACUUCACCGUCAUCGUUCCACAACUCCCAAUCGGCGUCGAAACGACAGGCUCAUGGCCUCAACAACCGAGUCGGCAUGUCCGGCAUCGAUGUCGACAUCGGCAAGAUGCUCGCCUCCAUGGACAAGCCUUCGCUUCUCUCGAUGCUCACGUCGCUCCUGUCGCAGUCCAAGGACGCCUCGCUGCCUGCUCAGAUCCUCUCGCUGCUCCCGACGCCUUCGCUCGAUUCGGUUGAGACCUCGCUCGACGAGCUCGAGAAGGCCAUCCGCGCCGCCAUCCCCUUUGUCGCCGACGGCAGCUCCGCCCGACACGAGUACACCUGGAGCCGCCUUCGCGCGCCUAUCGCCGCAUUUGUCGACGCAGCUCUCGGCUACUUGCCCUUCUUUGUCACCGAGCUCGAUUCGGACCGCGAGCAGCGCCUUCGCGAGCGCGAUCCUCGUCUGCAGGCCGACCGCGAAGAGGUGCAUCCAGCCACUACGUUCAGCUUCUUGCUCACCAUCACCACCCGCGUGCUGCGCAUCGAGGCGCUGCUUCCUUCAGUGACCAAGUCAAGCCUGGCAUUCAACCUCUUCACCGCGUCAAGUCAGCCAACGUCGUUCGGAUUCGGCGCAGCCAGCUCCACGCCUUCAUCGCCCGCCAAGGCCGGGUCCGCCUUUGCCCACUCGACCUCGGACGCCUAUGGCAAGCACAGCAACCUCGCGUACGUGCUUGGCACCGAAUACGCCUCUCCCUCGUCGCCGGACACGCUGAUGAGCGUGCUGAUGCCCGCCAUCCUCAAGCAGUGGACCACGCUGCUGCACCGUCUUGAUAAGGCAGUGAACGGGGAUGGCAGAAUGUUUUCGCAGGAAGUCGUGCUCACCUGGGCACGCAAUCUGGAAGCGACAGGCACUGCAGCUGCAUCGGGCACAGCCACUGCUCCCGCCUUCUCGUCGGCCUUCCCGAACUCUGGUGCCCAGGUGAAGAAGGACGCGGAACAGCCGAAGCCCGAGGAGAUGCUCAUCCGCAAGGCCAUGGACGAGGUGCGCAAUCGGCUCGAGCGCGACCUUGCCUGGCUCGUCGGCGGUGCCCAGCACUAUGCCAGCUCUGCCAAUGCACUUCAUCGGGCAGCGGCGCCCAGGAGAGAUAAGCGCACGCGCGGCGCUAGCAUGAGCGACGGCGAAGAUGAGCUGUAA